GAUUGGCCAAUAUUGGCCUAAUAAAUAAGUUCGGGUUUCGGCCGGAUUUUCUCGCCGCUAAGAACAGGCACAUGUUUUGGUUUUUGAUGCAAAUUAUUCUUAGCAACAAUGUACUAAAUGGCGUAUUCGGGAAGUUUGGAUAACACGCUGAAGAAAUGUACUGGAAAAGUAAAAGAUCAGAGGAGUGAAGAUGAAGAAAAAAAGCCGAAAGCGACGAAAUUUUCUGAAACUGCUCGGCCUAUUUUACAAGAGCAGGCUCUUUUACGCGAAAGAUUGAAAUCUGCUCCAGCAUGGAGAAAAGAUGCAUUACCAAAGAAGAAAACACAACCUGUCAUUGUUAGACCACCAUCACCUAAUCUUAAUGCAACAACCCAAAACAGUUGUGUCAAACCAGCAAACCAUGUGAUAGCUUCUCCUCAGUUGACUCAGAAUCUUCGACCAUCCUCCCCUCCUCACAGGAAAAAGACACCAUCCAGUUCACCUUCAGGUUCGCCUGGCCCGAGCACACCUCGAAGUGCUUCUCCAACACCUGUAUUUGAUUUGCAAAUGGCAGCAGAAAAUCGACAUCGAGUUGAAAAGGCCAUGAAAGUUAGACUGUAUCUUUUGCAACAAACUGGGCCAAACUCGUUUCUGAUUGGUGGAGAUUCACCAAGUCAUAAAUUUCGUGUCAUGAUUGGUCCUCAGACGUGUAGUUGCAGUAAAGGUCCAUCCUGUGUGCAUCUUCUUUUUGUCAUGUUGAGAGUGUUUAAAGUAAAUGAAAACGAUCCACUUCUGUGGGAAAAGCCACUAAAGAAUUAUGAGGUUGAAAUGCUGUUCCAUAAAUUUCAUGCAUCUGUCAGUUCAAGAAUAACAAAAAAAGCCAAGGUGGUUGCUAAGAACAAGCAUACAUUACGUCGUACUUCUCAAGAGUCUAGUAGUCAAAAUGUAUCCACACUACGAAAUGAUGAAGACUUUCAGUGUCCCAUAUGUUUAUUGGAAAUGGUCGAAGGUGAAAGUUUGACUCUAUGUGAUGGUUGCUGUAAUACACUUCAUCAACAUUGCAUGGCUAUAUGGGCCGCUGAAUGCAAGAGACAAAAAGAGACUCUAGUUUGCCCAUUGUGUCGAAAAGUGUGGGUCAGCAAAGGCAAGAGUGCUGACAAAAAUGAUAAGUGCAAACAUAGCAGAGGUACGGCGGUACUACCAUCCUCAACUCAAGUUGAUAACUUACCUUUGGACCAGGAAUCUGUGUUACCUCGUUGUGAACCUGUUUCUCUUGAACAUAAAGAGCAAUCGAAACCCUGGUGUGAGUUGUUUGGUGAAGAUUUAGUAUGCUGCUUGUACUCAAAAGCUUGGGAUUAUCGCGAGAAAGGUCUCCAACAUCUUUGCAAUGAAGUAAAAAAAGCUUUGACCCAUGACAAUCGUUUGUUUCCUGAACGAUUGAUUGUCAAUUGCUCUCAAAUCAUUGCUAUGAUGUGUGUUGAUCCUGUCUAUCCUGUCUAUGUCAAUGCCGUGCGACUGUUGCGCGUUUUCCUGGCGUACAUGUCGUACAAAUCUGAUGCCGAGAAGUCGUUUUUGCAACAAGAAAUCUCGCCUGUCCUGGAUGCGAUUAUAAUGAAAUGCGCCGAUUCUAAUCGUCGCGUUAGUUCGUUGUCGGCAAAGACUCUUGUCGAAUUAUGUAAGGAUGAAAACGGAGACAUGGCUCUGGGAUCUGCGUUAUCUUCCAUGUCUGAAUGCCCUCAAAGUCUUGGUGGCAUAAAUUAUAUUUUGUCAAGAACCGUCGUACGCUCACCCGAGGGUAUUUCAUGGCCAUGGUGGCUUGGUCGUUUGUAUCUUAUUGUAAAGUUAUUGGAUGAAUUUUUGGAUAGUUUUAGGAUUGAAACUGAAACAGUGGACUACAAGAAGGUGUCUUUAAGCAUUACACUUCCUUCCUCACCUAACAGAUUACCUGAAAAAACAAAUCAAUGGGAGAACAAUUUCACACGGCUAAUGUUCAUAGUACAUUUUGCAAUUAAAGCGACCAGUUGUCCUCAUAGUAAGGGGAAUAAAUUGGCUUUGAGGAUCUUGACUAAGUGCCUUAAAUUGUCUUCGAAAGUUUGCAGUGCGUUUAUCGAAGUGAAAACUUGUUUAUAUGAGUUGAAUGCAAGUGAUAAAAAUGCCCUUCAAAGACAGCUAAAACACCGGCAUAAGCCAGCAAGGGUCGUAUCGGUGGACUCGGCUUAUGAUUCUAGUUGUGGCGAGAAUUUCCAUAGUCACCCAGAGGCUACAACGUCACGCAGUACUAGUUAUGCCAACGGCGAUGCGGUGUAUGAAAUUUCUAACUGGUCAGAUGUGGACGUUCAAUUGUCAGAGCUGGAGAGUUUCUGUUUGACGGAUGAUGGAGUUGACAAUGAAAGCGAUCGUUCAUUUCCAUUCACUCCACCGACUUCGCCAAGACAGGAUGAGAGAAAAAGAGAAAAUGUACUGUCGCCAGUUUUACCACCCAUAGAUGUUCCAUUAACCACAACAAAAUGCCAGGAAAAGAUCGAGGAAGAGGAAGCAGAGGCACUGGCUAUAGCAAUCGAAGCAUCAACGGCACAACCGUUAGUGCCACCUCCUUUAGAGAAACUUUUGGCCGAUGAUUGUGAAGAAAUAAUAGUUCGAGUUCAACCUGAGGACACUGAUGAAGCCUAUGAAAACGACGAUAAACAUGUAUAUUUGGAAGGUGUUCAUUGGACUAAAACCGAACUGCUGGGGACUGGUGCUUUUUCCUCCUGUUAUUCCGCUAGGGAUAAGUGUAGUGGUACUUUAAUGGCUGUAAAACAGGUUUCAUUUUACCGCAACUCCUCAAAUGAACAGCAAAAAGUAACAGAUGUUAUUUUAGAAGAAAUAGAAAUUCUAUCAAAAGUGCAUCAUCCAAAUAUCACAAAAUGUCUUGGAGUAACACGGCAUGCUGGACAUUUUAAUAUUUUCUUGGAAUGGAUGGCAGGUGGUUCCUUGGCAAAGUUGCUCUCCAUUCACGGGCACUUGGAAGAAAAAGUUGCCAUUAAUUAUACUCUGCAAAUAAUUCGAGGGGUUGCAUAUCUUCAUGAGCAACUGGUGAUACAUAGAGACAUUAAAGGUGCUAACAUUCUUCUGGAUUCAACUGGUCUUGUGGUCAAGCUAGCUGACUUUGGUGCUGUGGCCCGGCUCAAAAUGGAAAAGACUUAUGCUGGAGAGUUUCAAGGUCAACUGUUAGGAACAAUUGCCUUUAUGGCGCCGGAGGUGCUUCGAGGUGAAAACUAUGGACGAAAGUGUGAUGUUUGGAGUAUUGGCUGCACUGUUAUAGAAAUGAUGACUGGUAAACCACCUUGGAAUGCCGACCAACAUUCCAAUCAUCUUGCACUUAUUUUUAAGAUUGCUUGUUCCACUGGACCUCCAGACAUUCCAGAUGGACUCAAUCCUGGAUUCCGAGAUUUAAUUUUGAGGUGUUUGGAAACCAACCCUCUUGAAAGAUCAUCUGCAUUUCAACUUCUUAAACAUGCAGUAUUUACAAGAGUUGUUUGUUAACAUUUAGUUGCCACUGUGAUGUUGUUGAUAUUUAAAAUUUUAAAUUCUAUGUUUAGAAUUGCUAGAAUAAGCUGGCACACAGCCUAAAGUUCUUUUUUACUGAAUGUAGAUAGCAUUAUUGUUCAUAUUCUGUUUUUAUGCAAUGUACAUUUUCCAUAUAUUUAGGAGUCAAACUACAUUCUUAUCACAAACCUCAUUUUCACGACCUAUUAGCAACAUUCUGAAGCAGGAUGUCAGUGUUCACCUCAUGACUUUUUAAAGUACCAAUUAUAUUUAAUUUCAUUUGGACACAAACAUUUAUAUUAUUUUAAUUUAAUGCUUAUUUAUUUUGAAGACAUUGGUAUAUCAAUAUUUUCAGGUUGGCAAAUUUCAGGUUGGAAUUUAAUUUCAGACAGCUUUUUUUGUUAAAUGUAGAUAACAUUCCUAAGAAUUACACAAUAGUCAUGUAAAAUAACCACAAAGAAACAGUAUUGUGCAUUUCAAAUGUAUAUUUCAUUUAAAGAAA